UUAUACUAUCAAUCAAUGAAAAAAAGCAGGAAACGGUUCGAUGGCGGGUAUCAAGAGUUAGGACCACUGACGGCAGCUAAUGGACAAGGUUCUUCCCAAAGAGCCAGGACAAACAAAAGGCAGUAUGUCGACACCACAAAAACAAUCGACGAGAAAAAAAGGUGGAUACCUAACCUCGAAAUGAGCUCAAUUCAACGAGGGAUCCUGCACUGCAACACCAGGAAAACCGCGGAAUCUAAUUAUGUCGCCUCGUCGUCCGUCUGUCUGUCCGGAGUUUAUAGUGACGUCUAUAGGGAAGAUACCAAGUCACGCUGGUAUAGCAGUGACGGAAAAUCUGCGCCUCCCUCGAUGGAUUGGAUGGGCGAUGGUGUGGCUCUUUACUCCAAAAAUUCUGCCAGGACUUAAUUUUUAAGAUUUUUCUUAAUUUUCUUUGUAUUUAUUAAGUUUUGUUUCAAGCUUAAUUCAGUUUCGUUUUGUUUUAAUUUUGAUUCAUUUUCAUUUU